AACGUCGUGUUAGGUAGUCGCUCUUCAGUGUUGUCAUUUCAAAACAUGCCCAUCAUGUUCAAAGCAGAUCAUUUUUUCUGAUUGUUGGUUUCCGUCACGAUGGGCAGCGUUUGUAGAGAAGUCAUCACUCUGCAGUUGGGACACUAUUCAAACUUUGUUGGGACUCACUGGUGGAAUUUACAGGAUGCGUCUUUAUCGUAUGAUCCAGAGACGCCACCCGGUGACAUCCAGAGCGACGUUGUGUUUCGUGAAGGACAGACUCUGGCCGGACAUGUCACCCACACACCUCGCCUCAUUGCCAUGGAUCUCAAAGGAAGUCUUCGGACUCUACGGCUGCAGGGAAGCCUGUAUGACGCUGGUAAAGACACCUCUGCUGUCACAUGGGGGGGAAGCCUCACGAUGCACGAAGAAAGUCCUCCUGUGAAGAACCCCUUUCUUGAAGAUCUGGACAAGUUGGAUAAAGGGGAAAUCCUGGAUGAAGCAGAUAUUUUAUCUAGUGCCCAGCCUUGGCACUCAGCAGCUGGAUUGAGAGUGGAUACUGUGAACAGACAGCUGGCUAAAGUCCAAAAGGGCUACAGGCUGGAGGGCAGCGUGAAGGUGUGGUCGGACUUCCUCAGGAUCCACCUGCACCCUCGCACCAUCUCUGUCAUCCACCAGUACAACCAUGAUGGGGAGGCUCAUCGUCUGGAGGCUUUUGGCCAGGGAGAGGCUCUCCUGCAGGGGUCAGUGCUUGAGGAGCUGGAGGACAAACUACACUUCUUUGUAGAGGAAUGUGAUUACCUUCAGGGUUUCCAGGUUUUGUGUGACCUGGCUGAUGGCUUUGCAGGCCUGGGGUCAAAGGUCACAGAGAUGCUACAGGACUCUUAUGGCGGAAGAGGCAUCCUAACCUGGGGGUUAGUGCCUGUCAGUCACCCAGAUUCAACGCCGAUGAAGGACCUCUACCACCAAUUAAAUUGCGCAUUAGGGACAGUCCACUUGGCCAGUAACAGCUCUUUCUUCUGCCCGUUGACCCUGCGUGGUGGACUUGGCAGACGACCCUCCUCCCCCACAGCAUUCCCCCACCUAACUUAUGAUCCCUCACUGUGGUACCACUCCAGCUCUGUCCUGGCAUUGGCCCUGGACGCCCUCACUUCGCCUUACAGGCUGAGGAACAACAGCGUCCCCAUGUGGCAGGUGGCAGAUUCGCUGGCUGUGUCUGGGAGAAAGGUGGUGGCUGCUUAUGGUGCCCUCCCCUUUCCCAUGAUGCAUGGCAGCUCUCUCCCUGACGCCCUGAGUGCCUGCACAGAUGCGUUGCCCUGGAAACCCCUAUCCGCUUGCUCUGAACCUAACGAUGGCCGAUGCUACGGCCAGUGGACAACACUCAAAGGCUUUGAGGGCCAAAGACUAAUCAGCUCUCUGGCUCCAGGGACACAGCCACCCACCCCCCUGCACAGCCUCCACAGUGGGGAAGACGUCCUGGCCUCCUACAUCAGAUCUUUCUAUCCUACAGCUCCUCUGGCUCUGCAGUUGGUGUCUACUCCCAGUAAACUGACGCCACCUUUCCCUCAGAUAUUCAGUCAGUCCCUCAGUGUUGAAGGUUUCCUGCAGAGCCAGCCUCCCCUGCCUGGCUCUUCACCCACUGUGGUCUCUUCUGCACCCAUCAUGACUUCCCUCCAGUCUGCGCCAGCACUUUGCCCGUGGCUGUCGGAGCUGCAUCGUGGUGCCAGCGCUUUCGACAUCCGCCGUGUGGCCUCCAGCUUCCUCUCCCAGGGUCCCGAAAUAACAGACUACCAGGAGGCCCUGGAGCAGCUGCGCCUACUAGCCCGCUGUUACCGAAACAACAGUGACGGAGUGAUGUUCUCCUCCUCCUCAGAGGAUGAUGAAGACUGACACUGACCAUCUUAAGGUCCAUGAUCUGGACAGACUGCUAACCCUAGUAACAUCAGCCUGCAUGCGCGACACACACACAGAGCAGAAGAGGAGCUGUGCCUCUGGUUUGGGACCAGAACAGAAUUACAUGGUAACAGAAAGACAGAUACAUACAAAUUAAUUGGUUUAGACCUCUGAAAGAGAUGUGUACUGUUUAGAAAGAUGAAGAAUGUAGCAUCAUGAGACGACUAGACUGUAUCAAAUCCUCAAAUGACUGUUCAUUUGUAAUUGUUUUUAUAAGUGUACACUAUAAAGUGACCAUUUGUGUUGAUGGAACACUUGUGUGCACAGGCACUUGAAAGAGUAAAUAACAGAUGUUGACACAGUGUACUUCAAACCAGAGUUCUCAAUCCUGCUGGAAGCUGCUUAUCUCAUUUGUAACCAGCAGCCACAAAAAUAAUUAGUCUUCUAUUAAACAAUUUAAAGCCA